AUGCAUCCUCCUCGAGUCACUCGGCUACGAAAACCACCCGUGCACCCUUGUACCUCGUUCGUUUCCUGGUUGCCCUUGCGACCUGAUCUUCAUCUCGUUAUUGAACAAAAACGUCCCGUCCCAACUCGCGAUCACUGCCCUUACAUAUACUUUGCGCGCCUCAUGAUUCUCAUCUCUCCUGUAACAGCUCAGGAUAUUCUUCGCAGACCUGUCGCACCGGAAAUUUCAUUCAACAGGAUUUCGGAUGCACCCAACUUCUACUCUCCUGCUACACCUUCGGCUUCCAUGGAAUCGUCUUUUAACCGCUUCAUGGCGUUUUCGUCACGGUAUAUCCCCCUAAAUGUUGCAAUUGUAGUAAGAAUGCUCAAGCGUCCUUGGUCACCGGUCUGGAUGUGCAUGGAUCCUGACACUGAGGGGAAACGGUAUGAUUUGCACAACGGUGAUAAGUCGUAA